AUGAAUAUUCAAAAGGCUGUAGCUGCGAUACUGCAAGAGUGCAAGCAAAUACUGGACCAGCUCUUGUUGGAAGCAUCAGAUGUGUCAGAGGAGGACAAGAGCAAGGACCAGCGGUGCAGAGCUUCACUCCCCAGGGAGUUAAGGACCCUGAUCCAAGAGGCAAAGGAAAUGAAGUGGCCCUUCGUGCCUGAAAAGUGGCAGUACAAACAAGCCGUGGGCCCAGAGGACAAAACAAACCUGCAGGAUGUGAUUGGCGCCGAGCUGCAGCAGUUACUGGCGUCCUUGAAAGCAUCCAUCCAAGCUCAGGACUGUGUUACAGCGGCAGCCAUUGUGUUCCUAAUGGACCGGUUCCUGUACGGGCUCGAUGUCUCCAGCAAACUCCUACAGGUCGCCAAAGGUCUCCACAAGUUCCAGCCAACAACGCCAAUUGCCCCGCAGGUGGUUAUUCGACAGGCCCGAAUCUCUGUCAAUUCAGGAAAACUUUUAAAAGCAGAAUAUAUCCUAAGCAGUCUAAUAACCAACAAUGGUGCAACAGGUACUUGGCUGUACAGAAAUGAAAGUGACAAGACUCUCGUACAGUCAGUUUGUAUACAGAUCAGAGGACAAAUUCUGCAGAAGCUAGGGAUGUGGUAUGAAGCUGCAGAAUUAAUAUGGGCCUCAAUCGUAGGAUAUUUGACACUUCCUCAGCCAGACAAAAAGGGCAUUUCCACAUCGCUAGGUAUACUGGCGGAUAUCUUUGUUUCCAUGAGCAAGAAGGAUUAUGAAAAGCUUAAAAACAAUCCACAAAUUAACUUGGGUCUCCUGAAGGAGUUUGACCACCAUUUACUGUCAGCGGCAGAAGUCUGCAAGCUGGCAGCUGCAUUCACUCCCUAUACUCCCUUAUUCGUGCUCAUUGCUAUGAAUAUCCGUGGCACGUGCUUACUGUCUUAUAGUAAUUCUAAUGACUGUCCUCCAGAAAUGAAACGUGUAUAUCUGUAUGAAGCCAAAGAGGCCUUUGAAAUUGGCCUCCUUACCAAGAGAGAUGGUGAACCAGUUGCUGGAAAACAGGAGCUUCAUAGUUUUGUCAAAGCUGCUUUCUGUCUCACUACAGUGCAUAGAAGUCUCCAUGGAGAGACUGAGACAGUCCUUGCAGCCAGUCAGCUAUAUAGUGAAGCUAUGGGAAAGUUGUACACAUUCAGUACUUCAUCAGGGAGUCAGGAGAGAGAAACUCAGUCUCGGGAAAUUAUGUCUAUCAUCACCAAGGUGAAGGACUAUUUACAAGUUCAAAGUGUCCCAGAUUUAGAGAGCAUGUCAUAUGUUCCAGAGAAUUUCAAGAGCUCCUUAGGUAAUCUCACUUUGCAUGAGCAAGUAGAUUUCCAAAAGAUCCUUGAAACAUAUUCACAACACCAUACUUCAGUAUGUGAAGUAUUUGAAAGCGCUUGUAAGAGCAGAAAAAAUAAACCAAAAGAUACAGGAGUCUGUAUCACUGCUCUAAAAACAGAAACAGAAAAUACAGAUACUGUGAGUACGACUGAAGAAAAGCCUCCUUUUCAAAAAGGGAUAAUAAGAAUGUCUUCCUCGCAAAUGGUCAGGAAUGGUAAAGAGAAUCUCAGGAGUAGAGGAAGGGAAAAGUGGAUCUAUUCUGCUGCAUUUCGAAAUUCCGUGGAUAAAGAUAUGGAGACAGAGACUGAGCCACCAGACUGCAGCAGUGGCAGGAGAGCUGUUUUGAACACAUCUCUGAAUAACAGUCAGAGUUCCAGCUCUUGGAGCACAUCUCUGAAUGACAGUCAGAGUUCCACUUCUUGGAGCAAGUUAUCAGGGCUUAGUUCUUCUGCAAGCUGGGAAGAAGUACAUUAUAAUUAUGCUGAUGAUCGGUCAGAUGGAAAAGAGUCUAACAAAGACUAUCAUGUGGACACUCAGUGUUCUACCGCCCUAUCUGAAGAGCAAGGAGACAAUGGGGAAAACAAUGCUGAACAUUCAUCGUCUUCAGAUAUUCAUGAUCUCUCUCUCCAGGUGUCCAAAGAUGGCAAUGUAGAGUCUACUCAACUACACAAGCACAGGCCCUUGACAAUCUUCUCUCCUCCUCAUAAUAAAAUAGGUACCUUCUUGGUCUCUGGUACAGAGCCAUUAAAAGAAAUUCCAGAAGCUAUCCAGGAAAUCCAAAAUACAGGUCCUAGAAUUGCUUCUACUCAAUUCAGACCUUCAAAUGGUUCUAAUUCUGACUCGUAUUCUGAUUCUGGCAGAAUUAAGAACAUGACCACUUAUCCACUGGUUCAUGUAGAGAAAACCUUUGAAAAAAUUGCAGAAACUAACUACAAUGCGGAAGACAGGCAUGAGGAAGAGAAAAAAGAAGAAAUUUAUAACAGAAGCACAGGACCUAUAUUUAAAAAUAGUCCCUUCUGGGUUGACCCAGAAGGUGAAACAGCAGAGAGUACAGAUAAUGUGCCCUCAGACUGUCCUGUAGUCAUCGAUGAUUCUCAGAGCAACGGUUCCAUGUCAGCAGGUAACUCUUUCACUCGUUGGCCAAGCCAAAAUCAUGACCUAGAAAAUGGUGGUGGCUCAACCAAAGAACAAGACAUCGACCCUGAUGCCCCUACAAUGGAUGAGGAAGACCAACAGCUUGACAGCACAGAUGUUCACUCCAUAAGUAGACAUGGUUCUCACAGAUUGUGUGCUCUGAGGCCAUCUCUUGAUCAGGGAGCUAAGAUUCUCAAUUCCUCUCUAAGCAGAAGCAUUUCUUUCCCUGACCCUAACCAGGACUGCACUACCACAGAGGAAGGAAAUGAACCUGGAAACAUGCUAAACUAUAGCCAAAACUCCAGUUCAUCCUCCAUGUGGUGGUCUAGAUCAUCUAUGUUUUCCAGUGGUUCUUCUGAGGGGGAGAGCCAGUGGUCCGUCUUGAAUUCCAGUGGAAGUUCUUUUAUUUCACUACCUGGAAAGACAAGGCAAGGGAUCCUUGGGGCUCGGAACCUGGAGCCUGAUGACUUUGAAAAACUCUUGGCAGGAGUGAGGCAUGAUUGGUUAUUUCAGAGGCUGGAGAAUACAGGAGUUUUUAAGUCCAGUCAACUCCACCGAGCUCACAAUGCUCUUUUGUUAAAAUAUUCCAAGAAAUCUGAAUUGUGGACAGCCCAGGAAACCGCUGUGUAUUUUGGGGACUACUUGAAUGUGAAAAAGAAAGGAAAACAAAGGAAGGCUUUUUGGGUUCAUUAUCUUCAUCAGGAAGAAAUUCUGGGAAGGUAUGUUGGGAAAGAGUACAAGGAUCAGAAGGGACUCUGGCACCACUUCAUUGAUGUGGAGCGGCAGAUGACUGCACAGUACUAUGUGACAGAAUUUAAUAAGAGACUCUAUGAACAAAAGAUUCCAACACAGAUAUUCUACAUUCCAGCUACAAUAUUACUGAUUCUAGAGGACAAGACAAUAAAGGGAUGUGUUAGUGUGGAACCUUAUAUGCUGGGAGAAUUUGUAAAAUUAUCAAAUAACACGAAAGUGGUGAAAAAAGAGUACGAAGCCACAGAAUAUGGAUUGGCUUAUGGCCAUUUUUCUUAUGAGUUUUCCAAAUGUAGAGAUGUUGUAGUUGAUUUACAAGGUUGGGUGACUGGUAAUGGAAAAGGGCUCAUCUAUCUCACAGAUCCUCAGAUUCACUCUGCUGACCAGAAAGAUGUCACUACAAAUUUUGGAAAGAGAGGAAUUUUUUAUUUCUUUAAUAACCAGCAUAUGAAAUGUAAUGAAAUAUGCCAACGCCUUUCUUUGACUAGACCUUUCAUAGAGAAACUGAGUAAGGCAUAG